AAUACAGUAUUUGACAAACUGCUCUGCUGCAAUCAUACAGGACUGGGACUGUAAACGACAAGCCCUCCCUAUUUGUUAGGAACUUUAAAAGGCGGCGCUUUGGUUAGCGGCAUUAUUACUUGAGAAGUCUGGGUGAUGGUUCUUUGUGUUGUCAAGAAAGGAAGUUUAAGAUACCCUGUUGAUAUUCCACAGUUUGAAUCGCCUGCUGCUAAACAUUCCGAAGACUGUUAUUGAUUGACAUUUUUCAUAUCAUAAACUUGAGUACUUUACACAAUUCUAAACCAUGACGUUUGUUCAGAUUGUGUGCGCUCUUAUUGCUAGACUGCUUUUCAUUCUUCACUCUUUGAUAGCAGUUGGCCGGGUUAUUUUUGUUAAACAUUCUUGGUAUUCAUUUCUCACCCUUCUAAAUCUGCCGCUUGUAAUUGAAAUGGUCAUAACUCUGAAAAGGAGGAGAGGCAAAGAUUACAAAUGGUUUUCUCCAGCAAUCCUGCUUUAUCUGAUCAGUGUAAUCCCAUCCAUUUGGAUUUUGGAGGAUCACUAUUACCACCACGAUAUAAAAGACACUACAAAUCUAACAAGGAAGUGUCAAGAACUGGAUGAACCCAACAUAUCUACAAAUCCAGGAAGUCAGACCGGAGGAAUUCCACACCUUGACAAGGGUCUUCGUCUGUUGAACUCCACGUGCUCUGAUGCUUGGAAAUUAGGACUUCACCAGACUUUAUUGCUGACACUGAUCAUCGGAAAGUGGCUUCUUCCAGUUGGAAUUGGCAUCUCCAAGGACCAGUUGUCACAGCUCCUGCUUAUCUUUGUUGGGAUUGCGGCGGAUAUACUUGAAUUCACAAGUGAAACGCUUUCUGAGGACAAAGUCAAGACAAACACAGUUCUGGUGUAUACGAUUCUUGCUGUAUGGACAUGGAGUAUGUUACAGUUUCCUCUUCAUGUUGCAGUAAUAAACACGGAGUCUUCAGAUGCCUGCCAAAACCCACUAUCUUCAUCGCUGCUGUCCACCCACAUGGCAGACAUAUGGAACAUUAUAAUAAGCCUCUUUAUACACGAUGGUCCAUUCUUUGUAGUGCGCAUGGUGGUGAUGUUCUCAUACGGAGUCAUACACCAGAUGCUGGUGUUCUUCACUAUUAAAAACUGCUUGGUGGUCACACUACAGCUGUACCGCCUAUACGUGAUUAUUGAAGAGUACCGGACUUCUAACUAGAGCAGCAUGAGUACCAGAGGAACAGAGCUUACUUGUUGUUCAUUUCUUAUUUCUAUGUAUAUGUAACUGUAGGGAGGUGCACUUUUAAUUGUAUAAUGCAAUUUUUUAAGUGUUGUAAACUUUAAUUUGUGCACUAGUGUAUAGAAAACAUGGCAAUAGUAAAUGCAUGGAAAAAGCAUGGCAUAACUAAAUGAUGAUGCAUAACAAUUAAACACAAACGUAGUUAAACUGGAGGUGUUUAUACUUGGUGCCAUCUACUAAUUUCAAUAUUUUGAUUCUAAUUUCAAUAAAGGCUGGUUAUUAUUAAAUGUAUUAACAUUUGGCAUGCAUGGAAUGCUGAUUUCUCACUGGAGUGGAGACAUCAAGGUUCUUGGUUCAUAUCUCCAGUUCUGAAUCCAGUCGGGCGCUCCUGGAUCAAGGUUAAGGGGAAAAGAAAACAUCUUUGUGUACUGAGCACGAGUGUUCUAUUGACAUUGUACAGUCUGUGCUAUGACAAGUCAUGUAGAAGCUGUGAUGAAUUCAAUGCAGGUCAUAACCGGUUGUAAUAAAGAUACACUG